UCAUGGCGUCUUACAGUAAGCUGACAGAUCUUUUCCUUAUUCAGAGCCAGCUAGACUGUGAUUUAGAGGACGCAACGAGUCAAGAGGAGAAGGAAAAACUCGUACAUGAGUAUUUGCUCAAAACAGAUGAAAAGGAGGAUUUGAUUAUACCGGAUUUUGAAGAAGGACUGGAAUGGUUAAACACAGACAGUCCACUGUCACUCACGAAGGAACUGUCAGGGAAAGUGGUGCUGCUUGACUUCUUCACCUACUGCUGCAUAAACUGCAUCCACAUACUUCCUGAUCUACAUCAGCUGGAGAAGAGUUACUCCGUAGAAGAUGGCCUGAUUGUUGUAGGUGUUCACUCGGCUAAAUUCCCCAAUGAGAAAGUCCUGCAGAACGUACAGAGUGCGGUGUUGAGAUACGACAUCAGUCAUCCUGUAGUGAAUGACAGCGAUGCCCGUCUGUGGCAGGAGCUGGAGGUGUCCUGCUGGCCCACACUGGUGCUGCUGGGACCUAGAGGAAACUUGCUUUUCUCCUUGGUUGGUGAAGGGCACAGAGAACAUCUCUUCCUUUUCACUGCUGCGGCUCUGAAACACUAUAGAGAACAAGGGCUCCUCAAGGACCAUAAUGUGGGAAUCAAACUGUACAGGGACUCACUGCCUCCCUCCAUCCUUUCUUUCCCUGGAAAAAUAGCCAUAGACCCCAGCGGCAAGCAGUUGGCUAUUGCAGACACAGGACACCACAGGGUAUUAGUGGUCUCCAAUACUGGGCAGGUGCUGCACACUGUAGGAGGUCCCUCAAGUGGGAGACGAGAUGGAAAUUUGUCCGAGGCUCAGUUCAGCUCCCCACAAGGGCUGUUCAUAAAGGGAGACACCGUCUACGUGGCUGACACUGAAAACCACCUUGUUAGAAAGAUCAACCUUACAGAAGGAAAAGUCUCAACAUUAGCAGGCAUUGGCGUACAAGGCACUGAUAAAGAAGGCGGAGCAUUGGGACCACAACAGCCAAUCAGCUCUCCCUGGGAUGUUACCCUUGGCAACGCAGGAGGGGAUGUGUUGUGGAUCGCUAUGGCAGGAACGCAUCAGAUCUGGGCUCUUUUCCUGGAGGACGGAAAGCUUCCCAAAGGGAGCGACAGCAAAGCAGGAACAUGUGUGCGCUUUGCGGGCAGUGGAAAUGAGGAGAACCGAAAUAACGCGUACCCUCAUAAAGCAGGUCUGGCGCAACCAUCAGGCUUGGCCCUUGCCCCGAUGGAGCCCUGGGAGAGUCUCUUCAUCGCUGACAGUGAGAGCAGCACCAUUCGCAGCCUUUCACUGAAGGAUGGCGCAGUCAAACAUGUGGUGGGGGGAGAGAGAGACCCUCUGAACUUGUUUGCAUUUGGAGAUGUUGAUGGUAAAGGCAUCGAUGCUAAACUGCAGCAUCCAUUAGGAGUUUCCUGGGAUGAGGGCAGAAGCGUUCUCUAUGUGGCCGAUUCUUACAAUCACAAGAUCAAAGUGGUGGAUCCAAAGACUAAGCAGUGCAUGGUGUUGGCAGGAACAGGGAAGGCUGGAAACGGGAUUGGCCCGAGCUUCCUAGAAUCCAGCUUCAACGAACCCGGAGGCCUGUGUGUUGGUGAGGGAGGAAAGCUGCUGUAUGUGGCAGACACCAACAACCAUCACAUCAAAGUCUUGGACCUAGAGACCAAAACUGUCUCUUUGUUUCCCAUUGUAGGGCAACAAGAUGUUGAUGCGAUCCUCACAACCACCACCAAUAACACAUCUGCGGUCAAAAAGUGCCCUAAGCUUUCCAAAUCAGCCCCUGUGCUUGCUAUGCCAUCAAUCAGCAUAUCUUCAGGGCAGUCAGUCACUCUUUUGCUGAAAUUGGCGUUACCAGCUGGGACCAAGCUAACAGAAGAAGCCCCUAGUUUCUGGAGCCUAUCUGCAGAAGGUAAUGAGUGGUUACUGGAAGGCCGAGCAGUAAUGGGGAGCAUUGAUGAUCUUUCUGAACCCAUCUCCAUCGUAUUGUCCAUCCCAGUAGCCCCUGUGUCCCCUGACCCGACGCUGACGCUCGACAUCUGGCUCUAUUGCUGCAUUUCUGAGGGUGGUGCUUGUAUGAUGAAGGAACUGUCUUUCAAACAGCCACUUCUGAUUGGUUCCACAUCUCAGGAAGGUUCUGUUGCUAUAACACUUAAGCAUGCCUUUUAAAACUGCCAUGCAUAUUUAAAGCACAUAUAAAGGGGUUUGUUCACGCCAAAAAUGAAACUUGUCAUAAUUUACUCGCCCUUGUGUUGUUCUAUGCCCAUAUAAAUUCUGUUUAAUUAAGAAGACAAAAUUAAGAUAUUUAUAAACUGAAAUGAGAGAUUGCUGUCCUUCUGUUGAAAGUCUGCUAAUGCAAACCUUAGAGAGCUCAAGUGAAUUAAGGUUUAUCCAAGUCUUCUAAAGAGACAUAAUUGCUUUGUAAGAUGAACAGAAUUUUGAUGUAGUCUUUUAUUACCAAAUCGAUCAACGAACAAUCUUGGCCACAGAAGCUCAAGCAUGCUUGCUUGCUUAAUGCUUAAGAACCAAUGAGAUUGAAUUUUUUAGGAUACAUUUUCCAUAUAGAAUGCAGGCGUGUAAUUUGAAUGGGAGCGGGUGGUCAAACAAAAGACUAUCCUGUUCCAGACGUCCUUAAAAAGCAGAUGAAAAAAUUGUUAAUAAAAAUGUGCGCUCUGACAGCCUGAUGCAGAAAAGAAGAUAUAGGCGAACAGUCAUAUUUGCAGUUUUUUGUGUAUAAAAGUGUUCAUGAAGCUUCGUAUGAUUACAUUUGAACCCUGAAGUCACAGGGAAUAUUUUGACAAUGUUUUCAGUUUAUUUUCUAGACUUUGAAUGUCUCAGGAUUGUUGAUUUUAUAUGGAUGUUCAGAGAGCUCACGUAAAUUAAGGUUUAUCCAAGUCUUCUAAAGAGACAUAAGUAAAAAGCUUUGUAAGAUGAACAGAUUUCUGAUUUAGUCUUUUAUUCUCAAAUUGAUCAACGAACAAUCUUUACAGUAUACAAAUUUAGUCACAGAAGCUCAAGCAUGUUUGCUUGAUGCUUAAGAACCAAUGAGAUUGAAUUUUUUAGGAUACAUUUUCCAUAUAGAAUGCAGGCGUGUAAUUUGAACUGGAGCGGGUGGUCAAACAAAAGACUAUCCAAUUCCAGAUGUCCUUUUAGAAAAGCAUAUAUGCACUUUUAACAUCAUCCUACCUUGACUGAGAGCGCAGCGUCAUGAGUUGUGGAGGCUUUUCAUUACUCAUUCAUUUUUACCAAAGUUAGUCUGUACUCAGGACAGUUUACACAUCCUGCAUGGAUGGACCAGUGCUAUCUGCUUCUUGCAUUUCAUUCGUGAGUCUGCCCACUCACCAUGUGCAUAACGGCUCUUAGACAGACAGGUUGUCGAUGAGUGAUGAACUGGAUGUGCUGUCCUAUAUAUAUCUUCUGCAUCAGGUUGUGUACAUUUACUACAGGUAAUACAAUGUACUGCCAUUAGAUUAGAGGUCUGCGUGGCACUGUUUUUUUUCCCUUAAAACAGUCCUGCACAGACUUCUAAUCUAAUAGUAUUGCAUUGUAUUGCCUGUAGUAAAUGCGCACCCUGACAACCUAAUGCAAAAAAGAAGAUAUAGGCGAACAGUCAUAUUUACAGUUUUUUUUGUGGACAGAAGUGUUCAUGAAGCUUCAUAUGAUUACAUUUGAACCACUGAAGUCACAUUGAAUGUUUUGUCAAUGUCUUCAGUUGAUUUUCUGGACUUUGAAUGUCUCGGGGUUGUUGCUUUAUAUAAAAGUCCAGAGAGCUCUUUGAUUUAAUCUAAAAUAUCUUAAUUUGUGUUCUGAAAAUGAACUAAGGUCUCAGGUGUUUGGAAAGACAUGAAUGCAAGUAAUUGUCACUUUCAUUGUUGGGUGAAAUAACCCUUUAAUAAAAGUUUUGAACCAUCAGAGUUUUCAGGGAACAGACUUUUAGUGGAAGGACGGAAUCUCUCUGAUAUCAGAUUAAAAAUAUCUUCAUUCAUCUACUGAAACUGAACAAAAGUCAAUGGGUUUGAAACUCUUUAAUGGGAAAUGUACCCACAUCACCCUCAUGUCAUUCCAAACAUGUUCACGUUUAUUUGUUUUUAAUUUAUUUAUAUUAUUUAUGUGUCUAAAACCUUAAAAAACAGAGAUCCAAUAGAAUAGUUUUUGGGCUCCACUGACUCAAACUUUUUCCCCCCCACUGUUUUGCAUCCCGCAGAAGAAAGACACAAAUGACAUGAGUGUGAGCGAAUGAUUUUUAGGUGAACAUCCCAUUAACACUCAAAUCACAUCCUGUGGCUAACACAUACUGUAGUAAUCAGACAAUUCACAUGCCAGUCAUCAUGCUAAUGAUGGAUCGCAAGUACUAAUUGUGGAGUCGGGAUCUGACUGUUACAUCUUGACAAAUAUUGAACAAAGUGCCUCAUUCUCAUCAGCAAUAUUUUUAUGCUUCUGCUAGGGGUGUUUCACAUGAUUAAGCUUGUGUAAUGCCCUUGUUUAAUAGCCUGAUAUCUUUAUCAGCCAUCGUCAUUCACUCUCUCACAUGCUCUCGCGCAAUAAUAUAUGAAAUUAUGCAGUGUAGUGUAAAAAUGUAGCCCUUGUCAGCUGCUCCGACAGCCCUUCAUGGUUGGGUUGGCUGAUGUUAUUAUUAUUAUUACUUAAUUUUUUUUCCCUCACCAUAUGAUACUGUAAGACGUUCUUAUAAAUGAUCAGUCAGACUUAAUGCUAUUUUUAUUGCCAUUAUUUAUUAUUGUUUACCAGGCGUAAGUGCCUUUUCGAUGAGCAAUACACUUUAUAUUAAUGACUUAUGUUUUGGAAAUCAAGCAGUGACAUUAAUUUCACUUUUCCGUCCUUUGUUGAAUGGAAUCAUGAGGCAUUUACAUCUGAAUAUUAAUGUUUUCUGAAAUAUUAUCCUCUCAGCCUGUUAUGCAUUAACAAUGUGUAUUUCUAAAGCUGGCUGAUAUAUCAUGAGCUUGGAAAUCGUGCGCUUGGAGAGUGUGAAUCAGACCAGGUUAUUCUUUGUAUAGAAAUGACCACUAAAAUACUGUCCUGUUUCUGUUUUUGCCUGCUUUUCUUGUGGCUGAUAAACUGAUUUAAUAAAAUACAAUUUAUCUGUCUCCCAUCUGAGGGCAGCUCUUUUUUACAGCCUCCAAAUUCUGCACUUUAACAGAUUAAUUGGAUGCAGUGGGAUAAUAAAGUUUAU